AAGUUACAACUAUUUUUUAAGACUAUCUCUCUCAAAAGCGUUAACUACUAUCAAUUAGGGGUAUCAGAUGUUAUAUAAAUGUUGAUAGUUGACGAAUAUAGGCCGCCAAUGCCAUUAGACCUCAGGAACUGUUAUAGUGCUUUUAUUGCAAUCGAUGACAAUUAAACAGUGAAUUGGACGUUAACUGUCCUCAGGUACCCGUCAUUUAAAUAACUGAAUCCAGCAGAAUAUUCAAGUUUUUUUUAUUAUUAAGGAUUCUUGAAGCGUAACACUUGACAUUACCCCUGGAUUUUAGGACACCGUACAAAUGAACUCCCUUUACAGAGAGAAGGUGACAAUGGCCAGAAUUGUGAUUUUCUUCCUUUUACUGAUCGGGACUGUGGGAUCGACUUACCACGAAGAUGUCUAUAAGCUGUCCAGAAAGCUACUUGAUGGCUAUAAUGAUAUGAUUAGAGGGAGCAAGGAUUUGUCGCAGAGAACUUCCAUCUCCUUUAUGUUUAAUAUCAUAAAGAUUGCUGAAUACGACGAAGUGAACGGAAAACUCGCCAUAGUCGGCUUCUUCUUCCUACAGUGGGAGGAUUAUCGAAUGAAAUGGGACCCAGAUGAGUACAAUGGUACUAAUAAUGUGAUGUUUGAGAGUAAGGACGUUUGGGUACCAAAUAUUAUGCUCACCACGUCUCAUAGCGACUUCCGUAAACUGGGUACGGAUGACGUACCCGUUAGGUAUGAUAACGAGGGAACAUCUUACUGGUCCCCGGCGGAUGUGUUCACCACCUCCUGUACGCCAAACAUAUACUAUUAUCCUUAUGACACUCAGAACUGCUUCUUGUAUUUCAGUUCAUGGGGAUACAGUCUUUACGAAGUGGUAUUUCACUCCAUGCGUGACGAUGUCAACACUUACUUGUAUUCGGAACAUGGAUUAUGGAACCUUACUGCCACCUCCGUUUUUGUUUUCAAAGACACUACAAAUCAAAUUAAUUCUAUGGUUAUCAAACUAACAUUAACCAGAAUGCCGACGUUCUAUCUCAUCAAUAUGAUUCUCCCCAUCAUCGUCAUUGGUUUAUUAAACAUUCUUGUCUUUCUCCUGCCCGCAGAAUCCGGAGAAAGGGUCGGUUACUCCAUUACGGUUCUUCUUGCUAUAGCAGUGUUCCAGACAAUAGCUUCUGACAAACUACCACAUGUCUCACGGCCCCAGAUUUCUCUGUUGUGCAUUAAACUUCUUAUAGACCUCGUUCUAAGCGUACUGGUGACCACAUUAACAAUUGUUUCCCUGUAUUUUUACGACAUGCCAGACUCGAGAAGAGUACCCGUAUGUCUACAAGCCGUCUGCCGCUUUAUUUUAUGCAAGAAAUGUUGUUCUAACAAAAGCGAGGACAAAUAUGAUUACGAAGAAACAUACGAAAUUUAUAAAAUCGAAAAUGGUAAGCAAAUUACGACUUCCAUUUCUCUGAGUGACGUCAGAAAGUCGGAGAAAACUGAUGUCAUCAAUUGGACAGAUGUUGGAAGGUGCAGCGACAUUGUUUUUGCUAUUUUUUCUUUGUUGGCGUUUAUUGCCUCAAAUGUAGCAUUUGUUUUACUUGUGAUAAUAAAAUAGUUAAAUGUU